CGGGACGAGCAGGGUUAAAUCCUUUUCCCGUGUACCGUCGUCAGUGAGACGAGAGCGGAGCAGAAACUAUUGCCAGGUAGCGGCAGCAGCAGCAGCAGUGACAGCUCAACAAAGUGUUAAGGACAGCGGUGGAGGAUGAAGAUGUGUUCAAUACUGCUGAUACUGUGCUGGGCGGCCACGACGUGUGCCCUGCUGGAGCAGGGCGUGUGGCACCUCACUGCAGGCCCCGGUCAUGAAUAUGUUGGGGUCACCAAAAGUUUGUUCAAAGGCAGUCGCAUCAACAUCAAAGUGAAGUGUGACCCAGAAGAUCAAAAUAGGCCUCUCAAUAUUUCCAUCUCCUGGCUACUGAGGAAGACGCCAUGCUGGAAUGAGUACUCCUUCCCCAAGGGAAAAGAGGAAGAGCUGUUCAUGUGGUACUUCAGGAAACCUGGUAAGCUGCCCUCCACCCCAAAUGGCACCCGUUAUGAAACUGCCUACUACAUGAAGGAGCCGGCCAUCUAUCCCUGCGACCACAACAUUGUUCUGGAUGAUGUGUCACUUGAUUCCAUGACUGACAAGGGUGAUACAGCAACAGAGAAGGCAGAGCAUGAAACACAGGAAGGAGCAAAAGCAGGAGCAGCUCCUGGAGCAGUAGCUUCUCAGAAUCUGUCAUCCUCGGACAUCAGCUUAGGCGGCCAUGCACGCACAAACCACCGCGUGACAAUUGUUCCCACUGAUGGGGUGUACCUGCUGGAUAUACACAUUACUCCAGCUGAUAAUUCUAUAUUUAAUGUCUCCUAUGUGGCAUAUGUUGAUAUUGAGAUGAAGAGUGACUAUGGUUACCUCUCAGCUGCAAACUGGCCCUUGCUUGGGUUCUACGGGGCCAUGUGUGUUGUGUACCUGGUGUAUGGCUUUGUGUGGCUCAUCAUUUCUGCCAUGCGUUGGAGGGAGCUGCUCCGCGUACAGUACUGGAUAGGAGCUGUCAUAUUUCUGGGCAUGCUGGAAAUGUCAAUGUUCACGGCAGAAUACAGCAGUCUCAAUGGACGGGGCUACAGUGUUUCUGGGCUUCUGAUUGUAGCAGAGUUGGUGUCAUGUGCCAAGCGGACUUUGGCACGAAUGUUGAUCAUCAUUGUCUCACUCGGCUUUGGAAUUGUAAAACCCAGGCUGGGUGUUGUGCUGCACCGUGUGGUGGGUGUCGGUCUCAUCUACUUUGUGCUGGCUAGCAUUGAGGGGUGCACUCGAUCCCUUCAGCCACGCAACAACUCUCAGCAUCAACUUGCCUCAGUGCCUUUGUCAUUGCUGGAGGCAGCAAUCUGCUUCUGGAUCUUCACAGCCAUGGUACAGACAACCCGCACACUACGUCUGCGCCACAAUUUGGUCAAGCUGUCUCUCUACACCCACUUCACCAAUACCUUGACCUUUGCUGUUAUUGCUUCUGUCAUUUUCAUGAUUUGGUCCAUCAGGUACCAUGAGUUUGAAAGUUGCCUGACUGACUGGAAGGAAUUCUGGGUGGAUGAUGCAUAUUGGCACAUUCUUUUUGCCAUCCUCCUGCUGGUUAUAAUGAUUCUGUGGCGACCCUCAAACAACAACCAGCGAUUUGCCAUCUCAAUACUGCUUGAGGAUGGCUCUGAUGCUGAUGAUGAAGAGGAAUCUGAGAAGUUGAUGGCAGACAUCUCAGACACCAUGAAACAAAGGAAUACCCACUCCUCCUCCCCCAAGGAGUCUGGCUCGGUGGAAGAUGACCUGAAGUGGGUUGAAGAGAACAUUCCAUCUUCUUUUGUUGACCCAGUGCUGCCCAUUCUCGAUUCUGAGGAGGAAAUUGUGACUACAAAGUUUGAGGUCUCCAAGAUGCAGUAAAUGCAAAGGCUGGUAAUGGUGAAUUCCAUUUUCAAGUUUUAUUAUUACUGACUUUGUAUGAUUUUUUUCUUAUUGUGAAGGAGGAUUUUGGAUCUUGCCCCCUCGUGUCAUAGGUCAAGAGGACCUCAUUUAAAGUUAAUUCCUUGAUAAUAUAGUGUGUGUGUGUGUGUGUGUGUGUGUGUGUGUGUGUGUGUGUGUGUGUGUGUGUGUGUGUGUGUGUGUGUGUUUUUUUGUGUGUGUGUGUAUUUAUUUAAUGCAUUCUUCUAUUUCAUCUCUUCUUUCUCCAUAAUUUGUCAUAUCUGUCUCUCCUCUCUUGCAGCUCUUUAAGUUCCAAAUCACUUAUAAGUACUUUCUGAAAGUGUUCUUAUUUGAUAUUUCACUAAUUUCUUUGAAGUUCUCAGAUAUUUAAUUAUUUUUUAAACUUCUGUUUCUGUUUUAUUUUUCCAUUUUCAUGUAAAACAAAUUGGAUUCUUCCACUUUACAAACAUAUCCUUCACACACCUCUUGCCCUCCCAUAUUCCUUGCUGGUAUAUAUUCAUCUGUUUCUUUGAAUGGUUCUUCUCUUCAUACCUUUUCCUUUUUGCUCAUUUGCACUGGAUUAAAUUUCUUUUUCCCCAUAUUUUACUCUGGUGAUAUACAGGCGUGUGUGUGUUGUGACACAGUGAUUUGACACCAACCAGUAUUGUUUUCUUGCAAAAAAUACUGUGUUCUCUGAUACCUUCUUUUUUUUUUUUUUUUUUUUUUUUUUUUUUUUUUUUUUUGUAACUUUUAACAUGUGAGAGUUACUUGUUAUGUGUAACAAAACAGCCUGAAGUCUUUAAUCUUAACAUAGAUUGUAUCACUUAAAAAUUUGGAUUGGGUCCAGUAGCGGUCACAUUUGUUGUAUGAAGUAGGGUCUCUUUAUACAAAGGAUUACCGUUACAGUGCUUGUUAUUAAUAUUGCCAGACUUUGCCUCCUUGCUGCAUAAGGUAAUAUAAACAACGUAAUAGAACCAUCACAAUUUCUUGAUCUUAUAACUAGUACUUUAUGGGCAUACCUUUGUGCUUCCUAUACUCUUCCAAACAUGCAGGGAGGUUGUUAGCAAGGACCACAAGGCGUUGUUGUGGGUAGAACUUCAGAGGUAGUGAAGCACGGCUUAAAGCUGUAUGGCAGUCAUUGAUGUGCAAGUGCAAGUCCAAGUUGAUAAUAAUACACAGAUUCUCAGUGGGAUUCAGGCCUGGGGAAUUUGCAGGCCAGUCUUCAAAGAAUAGUACACAGGAGUCCAUGUUUAAUAAUGUAGAUAAUAAUUUGAAGUACCUGUGCUCAGCUACAAAAGUGGGCAUUUUAAAAGCAAGUGACCAGCAAGGUCCCACAACUAUUUAAUUAGUGACUGUGUAUAUCACUGUUGGAGGAGUUUGAUGGGAAGGGAGUUAAGGUGAGCUCUCUGGUAUUAUUAACUUUAGAUUACUCACUGAGAUGAGGUUUUGAAAAAGCCCAAUCAUAGUUACAUGAAACUUGAACUCUCACAAGUCAUGGCCCCUUGCCACUAUGACAGGCCUUAUAGACACUGAAGGUUUGGUAGUAGUAGAUUAAGUUGUGACAAGAUGUAUAUAAUUUAACAAAGAUGCUCUUGUACAUAUAUUUAAGAGGAUUUUCACCAAGUAUCAUAUUGGUGUUAAUAGUGUUUGCAUGCAGUUAUAUAAAAAGAUGGUAUAAUAUAAAACAAUUUAUUUUUGCCAGAUUAUGGACAAUUUGAUAUUCAGAUAUAUGAUGCUUGAAUUGUUGCCCACCUCUGACUCCUGGCUCUCCUUGUAACUUACCUGAACCAAUAUCAGAAAUGGGCUUAAGUAGCUACGUUUCCUUUCAGGCUUAUUUAAAGUUUUACGUCUAGGCGUUGUUAUAUUCUUGCUCAGAGAGAGUAAUGAAUUAUUCUUAUGACUAGGCUGAGGAGUAACUGAAGUUCUGUUCAGUUAUGAUUUUAAUCUGUCAUGCAUGACACAUCUAAGUGUAAUUUAUUGCACACAUACUGGACAUGGGUUGUGUAAGAACUUGUGCAGUUAUGAUUAAUGAUGCAUUAUAGCUGUGACUGGUGAACUGUUCUAUUUAUCUUGCUUUAGGUGUAUGUACUUACUUAUCAUGACAGCAUUUCAACCAAGCUUGUGUUGUGCUGCCCCCAAUGCAUAUUGUAAUCUACUUUAGUUUUUGUUUGGAUGGCUGCAGUAAGUGUGGUUUGUUUUAUACUAUUUAAUAUGUUGUUUACUCACUGAACAGUGUUCUCAUUUGUAUAUCACACUUGCAGCUUGUUUAACUUGCCACAGUGCCUUGUGGCUCAUGUAGUGCCUGUUUACCCUGCCUGUAGCAUGGAUGAUUCAGAGCACUGAAUUUUUAUGUGCUACUAAUGUUGGGGCCUGGCUCUUCAUAUUAUAAUGUCUAAUGGUGUGUGUGUGUGUGUGUGUGUGUGUGUGUGUGUGUGUGUGUGUGUGUGUGUGUGUGUGUGUGUGUGUGUGUGUGUGUGUACUUAGUUGUGACAUACAGGAAAGGAGCUAUGCUCAUUCUGUCGUUUUCAUAUUCAUCAGUAUUCAACUUUUCUUAAAGUGAUAAGUACUUCUUGCAUGGACGACUCUGAUCCACAUUAUUCCAGGCUUCAGUGCUUCUUUUGAAAAUCCAUGCUUCUUAUUGUCAGGCUUACAAAUUGUCCUUUUUUGACUUUCUUCCCUCUUCAUUUUGUUCUAUGCGCAAAGUUCAUCCUUGUUUAGUUGUUUCACUCCCUUCAUCAUUCUUAAUGCUACAAUUAAAUCUCCUUUCUCUCUUCUAAGAGUGGGACCUGAAACUUAAACAAUUUCUUUAUAUGGUAGGUUUCUGAAAAUAGGUACCAUUUUGGUUGCCGUCUUCUGUACCUGCCCCAAUAUCCUUAUAGUUUCCUCAUGGUGACCACACUAUUGCUGCACAUUGAGUUUUGGACAUAUCUGCAUAACAGUUAUCUUCUUCCUCAUCUCUUUAUCUGCAUAACAGUUAUCUUCUUCCUCAUCUCUUCAUUCAAAUAAGUAAAUGCUACUUUUAUGUUCUAUAACAGCUUGAGAGUUUUCCUAUUUUGUUUACUUAUUUGGUAAUAAGCUGUUGAAAAACAUAAUUUCCAGGUCAUAUUUCUUUGACAUUACCAAUAGUGUGUGUCUGUUUGUUUGUUAUCUCAGUUACUUGAUUCUUUUGGGAAAUAUCAGCAGUGUGAGAAUGAUGGUUAAAACAGUGCAUACUGAUUUUCCUUUGUUCUUUUGUAGAAAGUAUAGGAAAAAAGUAUGAAUUUAAAAUCAAUAUUUUACAUAGGAUGAAAGACAAUGUUACAGUAACAGCUUUGAGCUGCAUUGAUGAAAGGAACAUUUAUCUUUGGUGUCAGUUAUGUUAGAGAGAGAUGGUGGUAUAGGAAGUGAAGGAUGAAGUGUAUGAACAGAAGUAAAUGGAAAGCUUUCUGCUAAGAUCUGUCUCUUUGAGGGAGUUCCAGUUGUCAGAAUAGAUGUGAGAACAAUAAUUUGUGUUAUACAUUUUUUUACCUUUCUUGAGUUGAUUAUUAUGAUACCAACAUCAUGGUGUGUGACACAUCUCCCACAGGUUACACCACAGCCUUCCUGUGGGGGGAUUCCUCAAAGCAAGGAAAACAUCAACAACAAUUUAAUCUUGAAGGCUAGUAAUAUACACAUAUCCUACUGUACAUCAGUCUACUGCUCUUUGCUUUCUCAUCAUCCUGUUCUCCAGUUUUUGUUUUUUCUUUUCUUCUUUCCUCUUUUUCAGCUCUUCUUUGGCUCUGGCCACAUCAUGCACACUGUAGGUGAAGAACACAGUGGCCCUCAGCCCAGGAAGGAUUUUCAGCUGAGUGUCUACUAUUGUUCUUCCCUGAAGAAACUGUUGGAAAUUCUCCUCCUUAGAGAUCAGCUGCAGUGCCUGGUCUGCACUGAGGUGGUCUAACAUCCUCCGGGGAACCUUCACUUGCUGCGGCUUCUCCCCUUGGAUCUGCAAUCAUCAUCAACUAUAUUUGCUGCAGUAAAUACCAGCAAUCUGAUUUUAAGGAAUACAAAAUUAGUGCAGGCAGACAUCCACAUUCCACUCCAGUGCUCAUUAUUCCUUUCAAUCUAAUCUGCUGACCAUCUUUUCUUCAAUAAUUUAAAUCUGACCUCCCAUUUCAGGGCAAACAUGACCCACAACAAUGAUUACUGUAUGUCAUCCUGUCAUGUAAUUUUUAAAUGAUCAAACCACUUGAAGGUGCUACAUUUGACACCCAUUCAUACUCAUUUCUUAACAGACAUACCAAAUUUGUAAACAUUUUUCAUUACAUUCAUCAUCCAUCCUGCUCAUACCACAAACCCUUCUCAAUAACUCUUCAUUGCUUACAUCAUAAAUCUUUAAUCUUUAUUCUUUACUUCUGUGUUACUCUUUUAUGUGUACUUAUGACUAUGAACAAAUUUAACAACAUAAAACCUGGAAAGAACGUGACUCACAAAGUAUCUAAGAGGCAGAGGGUAGUCCUUGUCCACCUCUGGCCAUGGCUGGUUCAUCAGGGAUACUUCCUGUAGAUCAAAAAUUAGGAUUAGCAUGUGUGUUUUCAGUUAUGACACUUGUCAUGUAUUUAUCUAUAGACUAUAACUAACCAUUAAGAAUGAGUGCAUUUCUGCUUCAUCAGAUAGCAAUAAUAUUUCUUAGUGUCAGGUCUUGAUUAAGAAAAACAGUCUAUUGGCUGUCAUGCUAGGCAGAUGUUAGCUGUAGUUAUCACUAUUCUUCAUGACAUGUAGACCACUUUUCAUGGAUAAGAAUAUAGAUAUGAUUAGUCUACUCAACAGCUGGUCAUUUAACUUCAGCUAAUUUACAGAUCAAUUGUGAUACAAACUGUAGAAAGGUCUCGCCAGUUCUGAGAAUGCAGUUUACUUGGUCUGUGCUGAACCCAAAAUAGCCUUGAUUUUGAAAUUUGUAUCAAUUUUUAAUAAGUUCAGUGUUAAUCCUUUUGUUCAUUCAAAAGUAGUGUCCCUGGACACCACACUUGCACAUACACACACAAAGAGUGAUCAACUCAUAAUACAGCAAUCCUUUGUUAAAACAGACUGAAUUCAACAGCAUUUUGCAAAAUGCUGUACAACAUAAGUUUAUUAGAUAAACAAAAAAUUGAGAUACACCAUUUCAUUAAAAGAAAAAAAUCAGAACUGAGAAAAAAACAUCAAGCCCACUUAAUAUAUGCCAACAUCUGCAUGCCAACCCAUGGUGUAAAUAGUGCUGAAAUUCCAUAAAAUACACUUCUUGUAUAUAAUCAAAAAUAUUAGUCCAAUGUAGCAAAAGCAAUAAAAGAUCUUAAACAGUUAAAAU